AUGGAGAUGCCGCGAUCAUCGAGAACAGCAGGUGCGGACUAUUACCGCCGACUCCGUUCCACGUACGGCGAUAACCACCACGAGCAUUAUGUCGCUGCAGGCCAAGGCGUGUACUCUUUUGCUCAUCCAUAUGUUGUCGAAACGGAAAUCAGAAACCUAAGCCACGAUCUUGCCCUCGCAUUUUCCCAGAUACAAGUGCUCGAAGGGGAGCUCGACGAGGCUGCUCACGAGAUCAUGUUGUUGAGAGAGGAGAACGUGAUGUUGCGAGAGAACAACAAGACGCUGAAGGACUGCCUGGACGGCCGAGUCGAUGCCGAGCGCGAGGUGGUAUUGGAAUUUGAAAGCCGCCUUGAAAAUCUACAUGAGGAGCUACGGGGCCUAAAUGCCACGCUGCAAGCAGUCUUGGAUGGUGCGUGCGUGGCGGACGGCAACGAAUCGUCUGGAAUCUACUUUGAGGGGGACUGGGAAGACAUGGUGAGGUUGUGGCGGGAAGGUUAUAAUGAAGGGAAUGCAAACAAUGCAAGGAGCGAUUGGGCACCUGUUGGUCGGCAACGACUGGAUACCAGGCUUCCGCACGAGUCGAUGACUGAGACGAACGCUUCUGGUCCGUCACGCCACUUCGAGCGCAGCAAUGCGCCUAGUCCGGAAGAAAAACGUUCGCAUCAAACUUGUCCAGAUACGUUGCGACAGAUCGAAAAUGGAAUGGCUAUCCUCCAACUCCAGAAUCGCCUAGAUACCACAGAGAUUGGCAUGAGAGACUUGACAAGCCGAUGCGAUGCGCAAGAUCAAUGGCACGACCUACUCGUUGAGAUGUUGCAUAAACAAGAGAUGAUCUUGGCGGACAUACUCGGCAUUGUCUAUGAGGCGCAAGAAGAGUAUGAUCAUGAUAACAAUGACGACGAGCCAUACUGUACGUGCGGUGAGCGUGGAUAUGAGCUUGAUGGUGGAGAUAUGAAUGCAACAUUAAGAGGCGGAAUGGGUGGGAGAGAUGAAGACGAAGAAUUUGUGUAUGAUUAUGGUGGGUAUACAAACUGGGAUCAUGUGGACGCGUCGUCGCAACAGGAGGGUAUGAAUGGAAGCCAGAGUAGUCGUGGCGAUAAAGAGAUCAUCCAAGAAUUGCGACAGCAGGUUGACAGUUUGGAAGAGCAGGUUCAUGUACUUAUGGAGACGGCGCACCAGGACAGUGUUUCUCGAUCGAGAGACCGCCAAGAGGAAGAAAAGGAUGAACCGAGUUUGCGUGGUGGAAGUGGAGAAGAGGAGGUUGAUCACGAUGGCAGUCGUGAGCAUGCUGAUACCAGCAGCGUCCCUACUCUCACCCCAGCUUCACCACACUUACUUUGUCAGCGAGCCGCAGCACAAAUUGGCGAUCUUACCAUCCACUAUAUCCUUAUACACCUACCUCCAGGUCUUGUCAUUUCUGGAUCUCAAAAGCCCGAGCUUGUUUUCCACAGCGCCGCGACUAUCUACUACUUCCCCACUGGAGCGACUGAGGAUGUUGUAAAACGAGAAGCCUGGAAGCAAAAGGCUUGUGGGAAAGGGCACUGGCAACAGGUUGAGUUCCACAAGAUACAGUCAAAGCAGGUGUUUAAGAGUGCGAUCGCCAGUAUGUGGGAGACUAUGGGACUAAGCUGGGAUGUUGUGACGCGUGGAGACUGGAACUUUGACGGAGAUCAAGGUGACAUGUAUAUGGUCAACGACAACAACCUCUUUCUCACGAAUCGCACGAGAGUGGUAGCCGGCGCGCAAAUUCGCGGCGGAAGUGGCUACGAAACCGACCCAUCAUUCGCGAACGAGACUUCAGCAAAUGAUCCUAGUAGCAUCUAUGAGCCGCUCAUACAAGAGGCCGCGACAGUAGAUGCAAACUCUGCACCCUCUCACCGCGGACAUUUUUGGAUUGCCCUGGCCAACGUACUACAAACACGCAAUUUCUUUCUCGAAAGCGAACUCAAAAAUUUCAAAGAAAUGAAUAACAGUCUCAUGCAGGAUCUACACUGGCAGAUGGAUGUACGAGCGGAGAUGGAAGAGCGGCUCGAGGCAGCCCUGGCAGAAAAGAACGCAAUUGCUGAAGACCUCUUGGUCCUCAAGACCCGCUUGAUGUAUCCAAUCGAGACUACUACAUCUCACACCGUAUCCACGGAUGACAAGGAAGAAGUUAUUCAGAUUGGUAAAGGUCCUCAGGAAUCACCAGGCCUGGUAACGGUACGGGGCGGUAACGAAGAUUUACUACCUUUGGCAACAUCUACGAAGGACACGACCCCACAAGCAUUCCUCUCCGAGCCCUCCCGUACGUGUGCCACUAUCACAACGAAUUCCUUCGACUUCUAUCCAAGAAAAUCCACUGUAGUCUUUGCUGGUGCCUCUCUGCACCUAUACCAGUUUCCUUACAGGUCGACACUGCCAGAGAUACGUCGCAUCCUCGAAAGUGAUGACGGAGAAGAAGCGCUCUCCAAUGACCCGAAUAUCGUGCGCGUUUUGGAAAUCAUGAGGAUCCGCGAAGAGAUGGGCAUAGAGCUGCCCGAGAACAUCAGCGAUGGGCGUGUCACUAUCAGCAUAUGCGAUGUUCCUAGUGACUGUCAUAUGGAUCGCGAAACGAAAAUAGCUACAUGGGAGGUUUAUGACGAGGAUGUGGAUAUUCAUGGAAAGCUACUAACGAAACUUGAGAUCGAUCUAAAUGCAUCGAAGUUGUCUACCAGUACCUCGGUCAGGGCCGCAUCGAGCGAAGAAGAGCAAGACUACUACCAAGAUGUUGGCGAUUUGGUUAAUUUCCUCAGAGAUGCAGUCAAAGACGAGCUUGAACCCAGCUCGCCGAAGUUCUGUACAUGUCGGGUACAUCUUAGAAGCGGCAGUGGGAGCGUCUCUAGUGUGAUCGAGGUAGAGCAACCAUGUGCGCUGCCCGUACGUGGUGGCGGUAGUGAUUCUGAUUACUGGAAUCAUGAUGCACAUGGUAACCGAGAGUUCCCGCUACAAUACCCCAAGGUGCCUGCUGCACCAGGUGACCUACCCCCGAAAUCUUAUGAUACGCUGUCACCAAAUGAUCCUAGCGUACUUCAAAAUGAGGCGAUCAUUACGGCAAAAAGUCCCUUGAGCAUACGACUGGGCCGUCUCAUGUUCCCUGCCAAAUUCGUUCAACGGCGCGAGAAUAGCAUUAGCCGCUUUGAAUGGCAACAUACUAAGCGACUGAAUCCUCAGUUCAAAGACAAGCGCUCCAGAAGUUUUAGGUAUACAAGAGGUGCUCAAUGCGAAGACUGGGCUAUGCAGCUGGACGAACAUCGAGAGCACUGCGACUAUUGCCAAGCAAUGUUCAUUGAGGAAGACUACGUUACGAGCGAUUCUACACCUAUGUAUAAUGACAACGCUUCAAAGCCGCCAAUCGGAGCUAGAAGAUCUUCGGAGAACACCAUCUGGCCCGGUAAUAGCAACGAAACAAGCUUCCGCACUGGUGACCAUCCGGACUCGCGUUUGAGGGGUGGUGUUGGCCAUGAUAGAGAACUGGAGCAUGAAUGCGAUUACGGCGAAGACUGGCGAUCCGAGUGGAACGAUCUAGCUAGCCAAACUCAAUGCUCAGGUUGCCAGCCUCGCACAUUCCGUCACUCCAGUACGCUUUCUACAAAGACAACGACUUCACCUCCUUCGCCCGUUGACCGCAACUUCAGAACAAGUCGCUGGCCUCAGCCAUGGGAUGUUUGUACCGCAGAAGAGUUCCUAAGGACGGAGCCUUGGAUUUCAGGUUUUGAACAUAUGAAUGUAGAUCGCCGCGAAGUUAAUGCAGACUAGUAACCCC